GACCCUCCAGCAAACAUGGAGGAACUAGAGCACACCUGCCCCCAGCCACGCACGACUCUCACAGAGCCGGCUAUAUUUGCAAAGGAGACAAGCUGCGAGUGCCGGGCUCCCCAUGAGAAACUGACCGUGGAACAGGCCCGACUCGGAACUCCUGUGGACAGACCGGUGCGUGUCUAUGCUGAUGGAAUCUUCGACCUCUUUCACUCUGGCCAUGCCCGCGCUCUAAUGCAGGCUAAGAACCUGUUUCCCAAUGCCUACCUGAUAGUUGGAGUGUGCAGUGACGAGCUCACCCACAAGUACAAGGGCUUCACGGUGAUGACGGAGGACGAGCGAUACGAGGCUCUGAGACAUUGUCGAUACGUAGAUGAGGUCGUGCGUGACGCACCCUGGACCCUCAGCCCAGAGUUUCUGGAAAAACACAAGAUAGACUUUGUGGCUCAUGAUGAUAUCCCAUACUCCUCAGCGGGCUCUGAGGAUGUGUAUAAACACAUAAAGGAGGCAGGUAUGUUUGUGCCUACUCAAAGAACAGAGGGCAUCUCUACGUCUGACCUGAUCACUCGGAUAGUGAGAGACUAUGACGUCUACGCAAGACGCAAUCUGCAGAGAGGUUACACAGCCAAGGAACUGAAUGUCAGCUAUAUCAACGAGAAGAAAUACCGUCUGCAGAAUCAGGUGGACAGGAUGAAGGAGAAAGUGCGGACAGUGGAGGAGAAGUCCAAACACUUUGUAUAUAGAGUUGAGGAGAAAAGCCAUGACCUCAUUCAAAAGUGGGAGGAGAAAUCUCGCGAGUUCAUCGGGAACUUUCUGGAGCUUUUUGGCCCGGACGGAACAUGGAAGCAGAUGUUUCAGGAGCGAAGCGGCCGCAUGAUCCAGGCGUUCUCUCCCCGCGGCUCUCCCACCAACAGCCCCCCGAGGGAGCUCUCCCCGUCCCGCUCCCCGUCGCCCCCCUCGCGGUGGACGCUCGCCAGGCCCUCGCCGCCCUCCUCUCCCAAGGGCGCCUCUGCCUCCAUCAGCAGCAUGAGUGAAGGUGACGAAGACGAAAAGUAA